AAGGAACAAAAAAAAAAAAAACACGAAACGAGAAGAAGAUUAGGGCUUUCACUGGAUUUGAGUUACAGGAAAAAUAGUCAUUACAUUCUUCUUCUUUCUGUUUCGCUAUCCGAGAAGCUUUUUAGAUACUAUCAAGGCAUGUCUUGUGAUACUACUACUGCCAAGGAAAAUGUAUCUGUUGUCGAUUCGUCUUUGACUGAUUCGAAACAAGAUAUAGGACACUCUGAUGAUCCAGAUGGUUCAAGCUACAGGAGCAAAGAAGAUCGUAAGCCCUCCAGUGUUGAACGAGGUCACUUUCUUGAUAGUUCGAACGAGAGUAAACCAGGGUAUCAAACGAGAUACUUCAUCAUCAAAAGUCUAAACUACGACAAUAUUCAACUUUCGGUCGAGAGAGGCAUCUGGGCUACUCAAGUCAUGAAUGAGCCUAUACUGGAAGGUGCUUUUCAUAACUCUGGUCGAGUUGUUCUAAUAUUCAGUGUGAACAUGAGCGGCUUCUUCCAAGGGUAUGCACAGAUGUUGUCUCCUGUGGGUUGGAGGCGAGACCAUAUAUGGAGUCAGGGAGGUGGUAAGAACAAUCCUUGGGGACGCAGCUUUAAAGUGAAAUGGUUGAGGUUGAGUGAACUGCCUUUUCAGAAAACACUUCAUCUCAAGAAUCCUUUAAAUGAUUACAAGCCUGUUAAGAUUAGCCGAGAUUGCCAGGAGUUGCCCGGAGAUAUUGGUGAAGCACUUUGUGAACUCCUUGAUGCACAUAGCUGCGAUGAUGGUUUGCUGAAUAGCUCUUCUAGGGAUGAGAAUUCAACAAAAAGGUCUUCCUCAGGAGACGAAGAGUAUAAUAACAAUGUGUGGGGCCAUACACAGAUGCCUUACCCUCCUGCGGUCUACUCAAACCAGGAUGACCUCAGCAGAUUCCAUCAUGCACAACAGGGAGGAUAUGGUGGUGUAGCCUUGGAAUAUCUCCCGGAGCAAGAAAAGUAUUUACGAUUCAACUCAUGGGGUUUGCCUUUGGAGAGCCCUCUCGCAAGUACCCUAACCGAUGAUGAUUUUCUUAACAUGUCUUAUGAAGAAUACGUUGAAAUCCACAGCAGAUGCAUGAGACAACUUGGUCUUCCUGUGAUUCCACAAUCACGACCCACACAAGAGCCAUCAAGUAAAACAGAUGAUGGAAGCAACGGUUCUUCGAAAGACCGGUCAUCAUCAAGAAAGAGAGGACGCGAUUCAUCCUAGUGCUCAAACUCGAACCUGUACCACUAAGAUUGCAUCAAAACUCACAAGAAUUUGUCAGUGCAAUUUCGAUAGCAUGGCGUUGGAGAAGCUGUUUCCAUGCUGUAUUAAUGUUCAUUUAGUCUGGUGGUUUAUAGAAACCAGAAGACAGUAGCUAAACAGUUUCUUCUUCUUAUUUUUUUGCCAAAAACUUGUACAGUUUAAAUAUGGCAACGUUUGAGCUUUUGGAAAUCUAAACCCUGAAUUAGGUUAGUGAUUUAGUUUUGAAAAGAUGAGUUCUCAAGUUGUCAUUAUACCAAGAU